GUGUGUGCCUGAGAAACAUGUUUAAAAACGGAAAACAAUGUCUAAUUUUAUGUCAAACGGAGAAAAGAAAACCGAUUGCUUCGGCGAUCAUAACACGUGUGAGAAAGGCUGUCUUCAGGCUCUGCCAACUACCACAGUUCGUUUAUUAGGCAGUAGUCAAGUGAUAACAUCUGUUUCGAGCGCUGUCAAAGAACUGAUCGAAAAUGCCCUGGAUGCAGGUGCUACUAGUGUGGAAGUUAAACUGGAGGACUAUGGGCUGGAGAAGAUUGAAGUCCGCGACAACGGAUGUGGCAUCCAUCAGAGGAACAUGAAAUAUGUGGCCAAACAUUAUCAUACAUCCAAAAUUCACAGCUUUGAUGACUUGGAGCUGUUGAGUACCUAUGGGUUCCGAGGGGAGGCACUGGGGUCAUUGUGUUCUGUGUCUAACUUGACAAUCACGUCUAAGACCGAGUCUGAGGAUGUGGGUACCUGCAUCACUGUCAACCGUCAAGGGGAGAUAACCUCUUCAAAACCAUCACAUUUUGGCAGGGGAACAUCUGUGAUGGCAGCCAACCUCUUCAAGAACCUGCCAGUCAGGAAACAGUUCUAUAGCACUGUCAAGAAGAAAAAAGAUGAACUGAAAAGGGUUGAAGAUCUUGUGAUGUCAUAUGGCGUGAUAAGGCCUGAUGUGAGGAUAUCACUACGCCACAACAAGGACCUUGUCUGGCAGAAGUUUGCUGUGAUGGACCAUCGCACAGUUCUGUUGAACAUUCUUGGAACGGCCACAUUCAGUGCUCUAGAAAACAAAACAAUCAAGCAUGAUAAUCCUAAGAUGGAGAUGGAAGCUUUUAUACCCAAGGUAAAAUGUAAAGUGGCGUUGACAAGUCGAGCUACUGGAGAUAGACACCUGACAUUUGUUAACAAGAGACCAGUUGUCCUAAAGGAAGUCAAUAAGCUUGUCCGCCAAUUUUACAGCAGUCACCACAGCGGUGACGCGACAGCUGGUUCAAGAUACCCGAUAUACUUCUUGUCAGUGGUGCUGCCCUCUAGCGAACUAGAUGUGAAUGUAGAGCCGAACAAAACCAGGGUUAUGAUGGAGAAUAAGGAUGUUCUUUUACAACUUUUAAGUGAGAUGCUGGAAGCGCAUUAUGGGCCCUUGUCAAAAACGGCAGUAACAGCAAAUUCAAACGGUGGCAUCUCCAACCCACAAAACAGUACCACAGGCAAGUUAGCGGCUCAACCUGGUGAUGAUUUAUCACAGACUGAAUAUAAAACUGUUCAGGAUGAUGACGGAACAAGUAGUAAAUCAAGCAGUGUAGUGGAGAGAGAAAGUCGACAUGGAUUGUCAGAGUCUGUUGAUGCCAGGGGCUUGGAUGCAUCACAAGAAGACUCUUUCGGUUCAUUUGAAAUUGAAAUUGUUACACCAGAGAAAACUGCUGAAGAAGAAAUGGACACAACAAAGAACUCAGCUUCAAAUGACCCAGAGGUGGUAAGGGAAGAGAACUCUGCCAAGGGAAGUAACUCUUACUCCGUCUGUGACAAGGACAGGAAAACGUCACAAAAAGAGGAAGCAUUUCAAGAGCUUUUAAUUGAUUUAGAUGAGGAUGACAUACUCUGCACAUUUGAUGGAGAUUCUGGAAAAUCUUCCCCAGGAGAAUUCCUGAAUGAUCAAAGUUUGCGGAAUAAGAGUGGUGAUGUAAUAUCUGAGGAGGGGCAGAGUUCCAGCGUGGAUUCUGUGAAUGCUGAUAGGUGGUCCAAAGGAGCACUGAUGGACAGCUCGGGCAAACCCAUACAGGGCCCUGCGUUAUUAUUUCCACCCUCUAGCCGUGGUGUCAAAACAUCAACAACAACAACAGCUGUGAACAGCAAUGGAAAGAGACCAUUCUCCCCAUCUGAAGAUGUCACAGAGAGUCCGACUGCUAAGAAACCCUCCGUCAUCAAACCAGCACAGACCACUAUGUUUGAUCUCAUCAGCAGUCAACCAAUCAAACGUCCCCAAACUGCCUUCAUCCAUUUUUCCAAGGAAAUUCGCCCCACAGUGGUACAGGAGAACCCAGGUGCUUCGUUUGAGGACAUCGCUCGUCUGAUUGGUCAGAAGUGGAAGAACCUGACAGAGACGGACAAACAGAAAUAUGAAGAAAUGACUUCAAAGGAUGUGGAAAGAUAUCGACAACAAAUGUCAGCAUCCAAAGAGUUUCUGAACAACGGGAAGAAGAAAGCAGAAAAGCCAUCAAAACGUGCCAGUCUGUCCAUCAAGGACUGUUUGAUGAAUAUGAUGUCACCAAAAGCGACAAAGCCAGGACGAAGGAGGACAUUGACCCCUCGUAGGUCGUCGGUGAAUUCUGUCACCGUGCCCUUCAAAAUGGCCGACUUGGAGGACAGCUACUCCUCAGGAUUGAGACAAAGCCAAAAUCAGACUGAUCCAAACUUUAAGCUGGUUGGAUGUUUGAAGUCCAACGGUUCAUGGGUCUGUUGCCAUGGAAACAAGAUUCAGACCAUAAACACCUCCCGCAUUGAAGAGUCAGUGGUGUAUCAUAGACUGAUGAAGAGUUACGUCUUAAGGACUGAGAAAUUGGAUACACCUACUCUGUUAACAAAAAGUGCUAUGAAUGGAAAUGGUUGCCAUGACUUCUAUGCGACCUUGGUUGCCAUGGCAGAGGAAUGCUCCAAUUUGAUUGGAGGUCAUCAUCACAUUGUGGAUGAAAGGCUCACAUGUAAUGGUUUGGAUAUCACCUGGUGCAAAGAUUCAGAGACCAGCCAGAUGAAUUUCCACUUGAUGGGUGUGACCCCAAACAUUUCCUAUCAUGGAGUUAAGGAAUUGCGUGAGAUUUUGGAACAAAUAACCGUGACUGGGGCUAAAGAUGUGGCAUCCUGUCGACCUCUAAAUGUCAUCAACUACCUCAAGGGUGAAGCUGUUCGCAUCACAAGGAGCUCUCCUGCGAAAACUCAGCUGGCAGAUGUGGAGGAGCUCUUAGAUCAGCUGGCCAAUGAGGUUCCUUCCUGCUGCGUUACGUGUCUUCAUGACAAACCAUUUUACCACGAACUCUACGAUUUGUCUCAUGUAACAUUUUCUCAAACUCAGCCGUCACAAAUUCCCCCACAAACGUGAAGUACUUAUUCACCUUAAUGUGUGUAUAUAUAUAUAUAUA